GGGCAGGCCUUGGGCAAGAUCCAGGAAGACUUCCAAGGGCGAUUGGCAUUUGAACUGAGCCCUAAUGGGUAAAUGGAGGAACUAGAGACCAGUUUCUUUCAGACACGGAAGGCACACAGAAUAGAACAAAUGGUGGCAAGAUGGCUUCGGCGGUCUCGGGACAGCUCAGCCCGGGCUAAAGUUGCUGUAGCCGAUGGUCCUCCCGGGAUCCCGACCCAGACCCUCAUCCCUGUGAAACACACAGUGAAAAUAGACAAAGAUGCAGUCCUCCAGGACUAUGGAUUCCACAUUUCUGAGAGCCUGCCCCUCACAGUGGUUGCUGUCACAGCAGGGGGCUCUGCUCACGGCAAGCUUUUCCCUGGUGAUCAGAUCCUCCAGAUGAAUAACGAGCCUGCUGAAGACCUUUCCUAUGAGCAAGCAGUCACUCUUCUGAGGGAAGCUGAAGAUUCUCUUUCAAUCACAGUUGUUCGCUGCACAUCGGGAGUCCCCAAGUCAUCCUUCCUGACUGAGGAGAAGAGAGCCAGACUGAAAAUUAACCCUGUAAAGGUGCACUUUGCUGAGGAAGUGCUUGUCAGUGGACACAGCCAGGGUAACUCUCUGCUGUGUAUGCCCAACGUGCUCAAACUGUAUCUGGAGAAUGGACAGACCAAGGCUUUCAAGUUUGAAGCAAACACAACCGUGAAGGACAUCAUCCUCACUGUGAAGGAAAAGCUGUCAAUCCGAAGUACGGAGUACUUUGCCCUGGUCCUGGAGGAACAGUACAGCAUCUCUCGGCUGCACCUGCUGCACGAAGAGGAACUUAUCCAGCAGGUGGUAGAAAGAGAGGAGUCUCAUGACUGCCGCUGCCUCUUCAGGGUGUGUUUUGUUCCCAAGGACCCCCUGGACCUCCUGAAAGAAGACCCUGUGGCCUUUGAAUACCUCUAUCUGCAGAGCUGUAGCGAUGUGCUCCAGGAGCGCUUUGCAGUGGAAAUGAAAUGUAGCUCUGCUCUCCGACUUGCUGCCCUGCACAUCCAGGAGCGGAUCUACGCGUGCGCCCAGCCGCAGAAGAUCUCCUUGAAAUACAUAGAGAAAGACUGGGGAAUAGAGAACUUUAUAUCUCCAACCUUACUCCGGAACAUGAAAGGCAAAGACAUCAAGAAAGCUAUUAGCUUCCACAUGAAGAGGAACCAGAAUUUGCUGGAACCCCGACAGAAGCAACUUAUUUCUGCUGCCCAGCUACGUUUAAAUUAUCUUCAGAUCCUUGGGGAACUCAAGACAUAUGGUGGGAAAAUCUUUAAUGCUACUUUAAUGUUACAGGAUAGAGAGUCCUACAUUGCCCUUCUAGUGGGAGCCAAGUAUGGGAUUAGCCAAAUUAUCAAUAGCAAACUCAACAUCAUGUCCACGAUGGCAGAGUUUGCUAACAUCAGUCGGGUAGAGCUGACAGAAGAGUCUGAGAAAGUGAGCAUGGUCAAAGUGUAUCUUCAAGACAUCAAGGUUCUCACUUUGCUGCUGGAAUCCAAUAGUGCAAAAGACCUAGCCUGCCUGAUUGCUGGGUACUACAGGCUCUUUGUGGACCCGGUCACCUCCAUUUUCCUCUGGCCGGGAAACAAACAAGUUCACCGCAUAUCUGCUGAAGAAGGCUAUGAAUCCAGGGCGUGCAGUGACUCAGAGGAGUCCUCCGAAGUGGACUGCGUGCUGGAGCCCCUCUCGGAGAGACGCCUGCUGAAGCCAGGCCUCAGCAGACCACUCAUGAAAGAGGAGCAGCCUCCCGGGGACAGCCUCCGGCCUGAGGUGACCAGGAGAGGCCCGAGCACCUGCGGGGCCAGCAGCACGACGGACAGUGCUGAGUCCGAGGCCUCUGACUCCGCAAACACCGAGAGCCGAGGCUGCAGGACCAGUGGCUCGAGCGAGUCCAUGGAUGCCCUGGAAGAAGACGACCUGGACGCCUGCUCCUCCAGCAGGUCCGGUUUCUUCCACUUUAGCUCGCCAGGCUUUCCGGAGAGUCUCGAUGCCAAUGGCCAAGAGGAGCGAGGCAGUAUGGGAACUAGUGGCUUCCUCUAUCUCCUGGACCUGGCCCCCAGGGACAGCGCUCAGUGCCAGAAGGAGUUUUCUGAGAGCUCCGCUCCCGAACCAUUCAGCUGGGGGCAAGAACUAAGUGUGGUCAGGCUGGACCCCCGGCUGUAUGAGGGCAGCCGGACUGACUACUAUAACCUGUGCUCUAGUGUCUCCCCGGCCAGCCACCUGAGCGAUAGCUCGGGGAGCACAGCUUCCCAGCAGGGGGACGCCCCACCAGCCUGGGCCCAGCAGGGCUGGACUGAGCCCCAACCCAGGUCCACGCUGGAAGCCCUGGGCCCACACCUGCCCCUGGCCUUUGAGGAUGGCAGCUCAGAUGAGGAAUACUACGAUGCUGCCGAUAAGCUCACACCUCCAGAUGCCCUCUCAGGUCCCAGAGCUGUUUUUUCUGUAGGACUCAAUGCCACGGGCUUGCAGAAGAAAGCAGGUGAUUGCGGCCCCAACGACAGCCUGAAUCCUGGGCCAGAUGGAAGAGAGCCGAGCAGACGAGGAAUGGUGAAAAAGUAUGCCAAGACCCUGAGGAAAAGAAGGUCUUUCCUACAGACUGAUUACACCUGCCAGGUGUCAUUUCCCAUGGUGCCAUCAAGCUCCCUGGAACGUGUGGGUGAUGUGUGCUACUAUGACAGGCAGCCCUAUCUAACCCUUAGUGCCCCCUCCCCAACUGUGUCCUCUUUACAGGACAUGCAAGGUGAGCCUGGCCUCCUGGAGACUAAGGUCUUGGGGCUGUUGGCUCCCCUGAGGGAGGCCAAGACCAAAACUCCAGCUUCCCGGGUCAUGGAGAUGGAGCCCGAGACGAUGGAGACCAAGUCGGUCAUUGACUCUCGAGUGUCUUCUAUUUCUGCCAUUCGCCUCCGAGUUGACCCCACCCGUAAAGAGAAAGCUGGGGUCACUCCUCACACUGCCACUAUCACCGCUUCCCAGGCUAGUAACUCUCGCUGUCCCGAUCCGGAUCCCUCUGACCCAGAUACUGGUCAGGCAGGACUUUCCCAAACCUUGUCUCCACCUCAGGAUUUGGAUGGCAACGCCCCCCGUGAACUCAUCAGAGAGCCCUGGCACAGCGCCUCCUCUCCCUCCAGUGCUGACCUGAACUCAGACACAGUCUGCCUGGCCAUCAGCCCAGGGCCACAAACUGUCUCUCAAGGAGAUACACCAGGACUAGGAGGAGUCCCGCUGGAAACAGGAUUAGGACUUGCAAACCAUAUGCAAGAAGCUUCCCCCACGCACACAGAACCUUUGCUGUCUCCUCAAGGCAGUCCUAGAAGUGGAGAAUGUGAAGUAAAUUCAGCAGAGAAGAUGGAAUCUUUCCCUACAGAGGAGGAGCAACAAGGACAGCUCUCUUUGGAAAGUGAAGGAGAAUUUGCAAACAAAAAUGGCACCAGCCUAUUUCAUGACAAAGCUGGGAAGGAAUCAGGUGUCCCUGACGGCGACACAUUGAAUGCUGUUGCUCAGACUAUUGAUGUGACCGCCCGAGCUGGUCGAGUAAUAAUCUCCCUGUCCUUGGAGUCUCCCGUUACAGGGACUGAACACACUCAACCACAUUCCCCGGGAGAGCUCCACAGGUACAGCGGACAAAUCCCAGGCCAAACGUGCCAGACCCGAGAACAGAAGCCAUUGGCAGAGUUAGAUUUAGGCCCUGGCUUCUUGCAUGGGGACCAGACUGUUCUGUCAGCCUCCCUUCUGGAUGGGCUCAAGGCAGAGCCACUUAACCGAGCCAUGGGGGAAGACACGAUCCCUGGGGACAGUCCUGAGCAGGUCUGUUCUGAUUCAGAGCCUCCUCUGCCAAAGCCGUUAGCAUGCCCCCAACAGGAGUCCCACUUAGAAGACCCAGACCACUGUUCUCUCUCAGAAAGCAAAGAUAAAAGCCAUAGCAUCUGUCUUCCUGCUGAGAAGUCUUUCCUGUGCUUUGCCCCAGAAAGCCAUCCUGACGUUUCAGUGGGGCUCAGGAUGGCUGCGUCUUUGGGUUUUGCUGGUGUGAAUGAGACGGUGGCCCCCAGGAUUGGGUUGGAGCAGUGCAGCUGCCAGUUCUCCUAUGCCACCUGCUUCCGAGGCCUGCAGCUAGAGACAGAGGAAGAAGAUGGGGACUCACAAGCACACCCCACAGCCCCCCUCACCUCGCCACCCUCUGCAGGAAGUCAGCUGGCCCUCCCAUGGAGGUCAGCCAGGGCCCACAGCUGCAGCACUGAGCCCCUGUUGAGAAACAGCCACAUCUGGCCAGAGUACUGCUCCAGGACUCUGAGACAGCUGAAAACUGCCCCUGCCAGCACCCCUGAGGGCUUCAUCCAGCUCAACGACAGCCUGCUGGAACUACAAGACAUCUUAGAAGCUUCCUGGGGGAACGGCAACAAACAUCACCCAGAGAAGUGCACCUGGCAUUUUUCUGAAAGCCGGAGCCAGCUCUGCCUGGGCUCCCAGAAGCUCCUGUCGAGCUGUCAGCACGUGAUCAGAAUGGACCAGUCCCCUGAAGAGAUGCAGCGUGCUGUGCGUGACACCUUCCUGCACCUGGUCCAGCUGGCCGGCCUGUGCUUCCAGUUCACGGACUGCAGCCGCUGCUCUGCCCGGCACAGGGAAACGGCAGGGAACCUGAGGGACGUGGUGUGCACCUACCACCAGUUUGUGGAGGCUGCUAAGCUGACCUGUGAGAGAGGCUACCAUGACCUGAGUGUGAAGCUCCUGGCCCGUCAGUGCACGGCCCUCACGGCUGCCGUGUUCUGUUUGACCCAGAAGUUCCGGGCAUCUACUGUACUGUGAACAGGUUGGCUGCCUCGAUCCCCUGCCCUGUCCUGGACACUUCUCUGAGAAGCCCCAUCCACUCCCCCACUCACCUUCUCAAAUGUUUACUAUUUAAAGUAUUCAAAUAAACUGCUGCUUAACCUUGG